CAAUCGAGAGCCCGGUGUUAAAAAAAAAUAAAGGAAGGGACUAAACUUUUGGAAAGGCGUUUUUCGCUGUCUGGAAGAAAACUUUGAUUUGAUCGAAAGUCUCAAACAAAAGCAGCACAGAGUGUCCAGAUAUGUGACUGUUCUGUUAACACUCUGGAGUCGAGUUCAGCCUCCCCGGAGAAAAGAUUCAUUUAAGACAUGAGCAUCAAGCAACAGAAAAACUGGGUCUAAGAGGCUAUCACCAUGGCAACGCAGUUCAGCAUUGAUGAUGCCUUUGUGUUGGAGGGCGAUGAAGAGGGAGCUGUGUCUGAUGGAGAGAUGGAGGGAUGGAAGGCCAGGGAAAAGGACAGAGAAGGAGGAGAGAUGACAUUUGGUCCUCUAACCUUCUCUAAACCUCAGACUCAUCCCUCACCUGCUGCUGCUGCUAGUUCUCCAGAGCACAGCAACCUGAAGUAUCAGAAUCUGGAAAAUGAAGAUGCCGUAGGCAACAAUGGAAAUUCAUCUUUCAAUAACUUCUUCAAGAUCAGCGAUCCUUCAACUCUGUCUUACUGCAGCUCUCAGUGGUCAUUCAGCACGCUGAGUUCUGUCACACAGCUUUCUGCACACUGUUGCGGGUGGGUGUCCCACCCACUGAUCAAGACAAACAGAAAAGUUGUUCUUGCCUCAUUCCUUCUCCUCAUCACUGGAGUUGCUCUUAUUUUCACAGGUGUUGUCAUACAGCUAAAUCCAAAUGCAGGUGUUUCAAGUGCUAUUUUCUUUGUUCCUGGAUUCCUCCUCUUUAUUCCUGGAGUGUAUCAUGUGAUAUACAUCAGCUGUGCUGUCCGUGGAAGAAGAGGCUUCAAGUUAUUCUACCUGCCUUAUUUUGAAAAAUGAUAUUUAAAACAACACUACAUUUUUACUCUUUUUGGGUUCAUUUUCUUCUUUUUUUGUGAAGAGUAACAAAAAAGUACUUUGUCACAUUUUUUUCUUGUCACUGUAAGGACCACUACUAAUUGAACCACUCAGUGCUUUGACUAUGUUUUCACCACAUGAACUGACAUUGCUGUGUAUAAUGAGUUUGGUCUUACCUGUGUUUUUUUUGUGUGAAUAGUGACUGUGAAAUUCCAAUAAAACUUUUGUAUAUUUAAA